AGUUCAGUCUGUUUUCAACUCCUUAACCAAAACAUUGUGCACCCUUUGCUGGUAAUGUAAAAUUUCAUUCCUGUGCGUGUUUUUGUCAGAAAUCCUAGACUGCAAAGCAGGAAGAACAAAUUACGAAGUAGUUAAGUCAAAUCGUUCCGCCUAGCUGUCUCCGACUACUUCAAAUCACUGGUGCACAGCUGAUUGACAUCUUGCUUCAACAAAACGGGGAGUUCUGGAAUUCAACCCUCAACACAGUUCAGGUGCAGUACCAUUUUACUGUAGGGUUGUGGGACGAGCGAAACAAAACGAAAAAAAAUCGAAAGUGACGACACCGUUCCGUGCUGUGACAGGUUCGUAUCACUAACCAAUGCUCGUCCGGGCUGAGCCCCUGAUUAUGGUGUAAAAUACGCAGUGCUUAGUGCUCUAACGGGAUCGAGUUUCUAUGGUUGAGAGUUUGAAUUAUUCGUGAGCAGCAUUAUGUAAAUUUAUUCAUUUCUGGUUGUAAAUCGAAGUGACGAUAUAACGAAAUCCGACGCAGCCGAGUGUUGUGGCAGUAAACAGAUCGACGGAAGAAAAUAUGCUUCCGAUUUCACUAUGAUAGCAGCUGGUACGAGGCGAACGGGACAGAAAAUGUCCAAACAACAGGGCAAAUAUGAAUUGCUUAAGGAGAAUACUAGUUUAAGGAAAAAACACACCUACAUUCAAGGAUGCCUUCUGCUGGCCUUAUGUGCACUGUCCAGCGUGGCGGUGUACGCGACCUGGACGAUGAUAUACCGACAGACUUUGAUCAUUCCACCGACACUAAUCGACAUUCCACCUUUAUGGCCCGAACGGCUACGUCAGUACGCGCAGAGCUUCCAGGUUGCCACCGUUGCCUUCCAAUCGACCCCGCCGUCCUCCUCGGUGGAGCUGAACGAUGGCGGAGCAACUGCAGGCACUCCCAACGGUACCGAAUCCAGCACCGAGGAGCAACUGAUCAAACAGCUGGAAAACGAACGUAUCCUGCCGUCCAAGUUCGGCAAUUUUAUCUAUUCGAAGGAAGCCUCCAAGGGGACGAAGGAGGUACGGAAGAUUGUCUGCUACUACACGAUACCCGCGAAAGAGGAUAGCAGAAGUCGGGUGCGGAGUAAUCUCUAUCCGGAGAACAUCGAUCCGUAUCUGUGCACCCACCUGAACGUAGGCAUGACCUACAUCGUGAAUGGCACCGUCUACAUCGACGAUGAUCUCCGGUCGGUGCUCAAUCAAACGAAGCAGCUGAAAAAGGCCAACCGAGAGCUGAAGGUUCUGCUUUGGGUUGGUGGCGGUGGUGUUGGAGGUUUCACCGAGAUGGUAAGCAAUCAUACCACCCGGAAAUUGUUCAUUCAGUCACUGAAGACCACACUGGAGCGGUACCAGCUCGAUGGGGUUGACCUGGACUGGGAGUUCCCGGGCAGUGGCAGCAAAAAUCGAAUGCACUUUUCGCAGCUACUGCACGAAAUACGGAGGGAGUACCAGCGGGAACAUCGAACGUACAUUCUAAGCGUGGCGGUGGCCGCUCCGGAGACGAUUGCCUACAUGUCCUACGACGUACGGGAAAUCAACAGCUACGCCGAUUACGUCAACAUUAUGACGUACGAUUACCAUUUCUAUGCACCGGAAACUCCCUGGACGGGUUUCAACGCACCACUUUACCGUCGCCAGGAUGAACACUCGAUAUUCGGUACCCUGAACAUCAACUCUUCCGUCCACUACUGGCUAUCGGCCGGGUUGGAGAAAAGCAAAAUCAUCAUCGGUCUGCCAACCUACGGGCACACAUUCCAGCUGGUCAGUGCAUUCAAUACUCGGAUCGGUGCACCGGCCUCCACUUACGGCCGGGUUGGGAUGGUCGGGUUCGCUUCCUACUCGGAGAUUUGCUGGUUCCGACGGCACAACAUCUACGUCCACCAGGUGUACAACGUGGACAGCUGUUCGCCGUAUCUGUACGCGGGAACGGAAUGGAUUUCCUACGAGGACGAGCGAAGUUUGGAGUGCAAAGCGAACUACAUCAAGGAGAACGGGUUCGGUGGGGCGAUGAUAUUCUCCCUGAACACCGACGAUUUCGGCGAGUACUGUGCGGACAGUUUGCUGUACGAUGACGAGGGUAACGUUGCCGGAACCAACCGGAGAAAGCAGGAGGAGCAAAGCAAUUUUCCACUGCUCCGAAAGAUUCACUCGAUACUGGCCGGCUAGGGAGAGCCGGUGUGUAUGUGAGUGUGCAUUUUUGAAACAAUAAUGGAAAAUACGACUUAUAAUGUGUAAGGAUUGAUGAGUGACGACGUGGGCAGCGAUUUUUUUUUCGAUGUUGGAUUUGAGGGAUCGCGAGAAUGGUUAGUGUUAAAUGAAUCAAAGAGAAAAUUGAUAUUACUAUUCGAAAUAAUUUGAAGCACCACACAGUCGAAAGUGCGGGAAAACAAAAAAAAACAGAACAAACAGUAUAAUUAUCAACGGUAUCUAGUCAGCUCGCUUGAUUCGGGGUGCGAUUUCACGUAAAUAUAAAUUAAUUUAUGAUACAAGAUUAGACGAAUCUGCGCUUGACCAUUUCAGUUGGUUGAAUCUGCACACACGUAAAAAAAAGAUUAUUUUUCAUCAAUUGUCUUCCAAACCAUAAGAAUAAGCUCGAUUUAAUUUAAGUGAUGUAUUUUGUUGCUUUUCAGUUCGAAAUAAAUGAUAAAAUGUGACAUUAAAAUUUCAAA